AUGGCCUCCCCAACCCGCGUCAUCAUCAUUGGAGCAGGCUGGAGUGGGCUUGCGGUUGCCAAAACAUAUCUCCAAGUCGCCAACACCUUGAAUCGGCCGAUACAUCUGACAAUCCUGGAAGAGGGCGAGACCGAGGGCGGAGUGUGGUCUGCCGAACGCAUCUACCCGGGUCUUGUGGCUGAGGUACACAAUGGGUUUUACGAAUUCAGCGACUUAUCCAUGGUUGAUGAGGACCACCCUGCUCUCGAACUGAUCAGAGGAAGCCGAGUUCACCAAUACCUGGGCACGUAUUCGAAAACCUUCCAUAUUCAACCUCGCAUCCGCUUCGGAGUCAAAGUCGUCAACACUCGCCGGUUACAUCAAGGUGGAUGGAGAAUAACGACCAAGACUGGAGAAGAGCUCGAGUGCGACAAACUCGUCGUGGCAACCGGCCUGUUUACCAAGCCAAAGGUACCAGACGUGCCGCAGUCAACAUAUACUGGAUGUUCCAUACAUGCCAAGUUCCUUGGCCGUUAUCACGAAAAGCUGAUAGCUGAUCGGAACGUCAAGAACGUCGUCGUGGUUGGAGGUUGCAAAUCUGCCGUCGACACCUGUUCGCUUUUUCUAUCUGCCGGCAAGACCGUAUCUUGGAUCGUCAGACCCUCAACCCAUGGCGUUUCCCUCUGUCACAUCGAUCCAAAUCAGCGUCCUAACCUCAUUGCCGCCGAAAACGUGCGCCUCUUCAGCAGAUUUUCCCCUUCAAUAUUCUCUACCUCAGACAUCGGCUACAGGUUCCUGCACUCAGGCAACAAUGCCCUUGGCGACAAGACCAGGAAGGCAUUCUGGAAGAAGCUAACUAAGAUGACCCAAAAUCCGAUCCACUACGACCAAAGUGUCAAUGGACGCAAGCUGCAGCCCGCUGUGUCUGAUGGAUUCCACGAGCUACCUUAUGCUAGUAUCGUUUACAAGGAUGCGCUCUUCAUGAAGUGCCUGCAUCAGGACGAUCCAGAGCGCUUGCAGGUGUAUCGUGCGACGCCUAUCCGAUUACAAGAACGAGAGAUGAUCGUGCAAGAGGAAGGAAAAGAGUUGGCAGUCAAGGCUGAUGCUGCUAUCUGGUGUACCGGCUGGCAACCCAGCGCGGACUUCUUCAGUACUAAUGAUGCCCUCCGCUUGGGUAUGCCAGUCUCUGUGGACGACGAAAAAGCCCCCGAGGUGUUCUCGGAAGAAUGGCAAAGACAACAUACAAAAGACCAAGAAGUCUUGUCUUUGUUUCCUCAAUUACGAGACAACCCAUUCCCACCCCGAGAGCCACGAUGGUCCCAGCCUCGAAUGUACCACCAGAUCCUCUCACCAGAGCUCAUAGCACAAGAAGAUCGUAGUAUCGCUUUUGUGGGAUUUGUCUCGACUAUCCAGACAGCCAUGUCUUGCGAGCUGCAAGCGCUCUGGGCGGUCGCUUGGAUGGAAGAUCUAUUGGCAAAAGAUGCUAUCCCAGACUUGCCUUCGAUGCAGGAAAGUGUGUCAACGGUCAACGCGUGGUCGCGAAACCGAUACGGUCUGCGAGAUACGAAACAUCCCGAACUCAUCUUCGAGUCACAGAGUUUCUUCGACGUGUUGUGCAAAGAUCUUGGGGUUGAGAAGUGGAGGAAGUGGAGGAAGUGGAAAGGUGCCAAAUGGUGGCAGAAGCCGAAGCGGUUUGCGCAAGAGUGGCUGACUCCAUACCGAGCGAGUGACUACAAAGGGCUGGUCGAUGAGUUCCUUGAGAACAGAGGGCUGAGCAUCGAGCCGACGCAAAUGGUGGAGGCAAAGACAAAGGCUGUCCAUGUCUCUGUCGAGGAGGUAUACUGUAAGAGUGAUGGGUCAUCAUCAGGCUCUUCUGUUUGUUUGUAGCCAUAGUUUUAGACAUUGGAUCUUGUGC